AUGUCUAAACCGGUAGAAGCGAUGGCUUUUGGCAAGGUAACUCAUGGAAUAGUGAAAGACACAGUAGUUAAAAAUCACAAGCCUCUCCUUAAUGGUGACUUUGAAUUUUUGGGACGACAAAACCGUUCUUCAUCAGAGUGUUCUUCAGAUUCCAAUUUGGAAACAUUACUGGAAGAGGCUGAUAAAAUACACAGCUCAAAAAAUGGUUUUCGAAAGGACACUCCAGCUAAGAAACAAGUCCGUUUUAACAUGGAGAGAAACCAAGAAUACUCCUACAAUUCCUCAGAAGUCAACAAUGCUAAUGAUUCAAACUCUAGCUUGAAAUCAGCCAAGAUUAAUGGAACAACAGACUUACCGGUAGUAAAUGGCAUUAGUAUUAUCGUAGAAAACUUAUGGUAG